GAAGCGUCAAUAAGGGGUCAGGUCACAACAACGGCAAACAAGGGAAGGCCGAGGGGGUAGCGGGAGCCCAUCGACCGGCCUUGCCUCCGGACACCAGCACAAGGCCCCCUGGGAAAUGUUCCGAGCGCUGGCCAGGGCCAGUGCGGCCCUGGGGCCCCAGGCGGCAGGCUGGGUGCGGAACAUGGCCUCCCACCAGCUGCUGGUGGCCCCCCCGAAGGCCCUGCUGAAACCCCUGUCCAUCCCUAACCGGCUUCUGCUGGGGCCUGGCCCUUCUAACCUGGCUCCACGCAUCCUGGUGGCCGGAGGGCUGCAGAUGAUCGGGCACAUGCACAAGGAGAUGUUCCAGAUAAUGGAUGAGAUCAAGCAAGGCAUCCAGUACGUGUUCCAGACCAAGAACCCCCUCACGCUGGCCAUCAGCGGCUCAGGGCACUGCGCCCUGGAGGCCGCCCUCUUCAACCUCCUGGAGCCAGGGGACUCCUUCCUGGUCGGGGCCAACGGCAUCUGGGGGCAGCGGGCCGCGGACAUCGGGGAGCGCAUCGGAGCCCAAGUGCACCCAAUGAUCAAGGACCCUGGAGGCCACUACACACUGCAGGAUGUGGAAGAGGGCCUGGCCCGGCACAAGCCAGUGUUGCUGUUCCUGACCCAGGGGGAGUCAUCCAGCGGCGUGUUGCAGCCCCUCGACGGUUACGGAGCACUCUGCCACAGGUACCAGUGCCUUCUCCUGGUGGACUCCGUGGCAUCCCUGGGCGGAGUCCCCAUCUACAUGGACCAGCAAGGCAUUGACGUCUUGUACUCGGGCUCCCAGAAGGUCCUGAACGCGCCUCCAGGGACUUCGCUCAUCUCCUUCAGUGACAAGGCCAAAAAUAAGAUCUACAGUCGGAAGACGAAGCCGGUCUCCUUCUAUCUGGACAUGAAGUGGCUGGCCAACAUCUGGGGCUGCGACGACCAACCCAGGAUAUACCAUCACACCACCCCGGUCAUCAGCCUGUACAGCCUGAGAGAGAGCCUGGCCCUCAUGGCGGAACAGGGCCUGGAGAACAGCUGGAGACAGCACCGGGAGGCCACGGCGUACCUGCAGGAGCGCCUGCAGGGGCUGGGCCUGCAGCUCUUCGUGAAGGACCCAGCGAUCCGACUGCCCACCGUCACCACGGUGGCCGCUCCCACUGGCUACAACUGGAGAGACAUCGUCACCUACGUCAUGGACAAUUUUGACAUUGAGAUCACGGGUGGCCUUGGGCCCUCACUGGGGAAGGACCCCCCACCCCCCGCAGGUGCUUCGGAUCGGCCUGCUGGGCUGCAACGCCACCCGGGAGAAUGUGGACCGAGUGAUCCACGCCCUGCAGGAGGCCCUGCAACACUGCCCCCGGAGCAAGCUGUGAUUGGCAGCCUGUGGCCCACCCUCCCGGAGGGGCCUGGAGGGGGACCAGGAGCAAACAGACUCUGCGGACAGUCGGGCCCCAGGGGGCGAGGCACGCAGGAGGGGCAGGACCGGCAGCUGCCCCAGCCCCAGGACGUCCUUCUCCUCUUUGAGAGGCAUCUCCCGGAAAUGGACCAUGUGGGCUCAGGACCCAUGGCACCUCCCCAAUGAGCCGCAGCCCCUGCAGGUCCCUGGCCUGCCCGGAAUACCCAAUAAAGAAUCGUUUGUCAUCUGUC